UAUAUUCUGUUUGUGUCUUAAUCACUUUAUUCUCAUUAUCUUAUUGCCAAGCUACUUUAUGUCAUUUCCUAAAGCGUCUUAUUAAUAAUUAAUAUUGAUGGGUUUUGUCAUUGCUUUUAGUUAGGAAUUCAUGUCAAAAUUACACGUUCUUUGGUAUGAAUAUUUAGUAUUUCUACUUAAACUUCAUCUUUAUUGUACCCCUUCAAUCUACGCUUGACUGACUUAACUAACAAAACAUUCCAUGACCCUCACAAUCCGUUUGGUUGGUGAUAUUAAACAAUAGUAAUGAGAAUGAAAACUAGCGUAAUUUUGGUUGAAAAAUCUUUUGUUACCUUCAUCGCCAUACUUCUUGAACUUCAAUUAUCUCAUUUUUUUCAUAAAUUUCAUUUCAAAAAUGCAUUACCAUUGGAAGAUUUGGUAUUAGGUGGUAAUGAAAUUCGUAAACAAAAAAUUUUUUCGUGAUGAAAUUUCAUUACGAUGGAGAUGAGAUGAAACUUUUGAUGAAAUAUUACGCUAUAAGUUAUUCUCAUUAACAUCAUUUAGUACCAUUAACCAAAUGGAUCGUCAAUGUUGUUAAAUGACUCCCAGCUAAGCGCCAAAGUGGGGUUCCUUUGUUUACAAUAACAAAAAGGUCAGUUUUCGAUUGACCCUUGACAAUAAAUAUUAUCUCAAUUUCACAUAAAAAAAACAGCAUAACCGAAUUAUAAUCCAAAACUAAAGGACUAUAAAUCCGUACAUUCUAAAAAUAACUUUUGUAUUUUAGAACUGGUGAAAUUGUGUUACUUGGACUUGAGAAGAAAACAAGGCUAGCUAGUUUGAAUGAGUAUGUGCAUGAUUAUGAUCCAAAUUGAUUCACUCAGAUACCAACCUGAAUGUUUACCUUCCCGUUUCCACACCUUUUCCUCAGUUAGUUGAGCAUUUAUUAAUUGUAUGUUUGUUAGAGUAUAUAACAUAUUCUAGAGUCUUAACCAUCAACUUAAGCUUUUGGUUGAGUUGGUUCCUUGAUAUGGUAUCAGAAGCCAACGUGGCAAGAGGGUCACGAGUUCGAAUCUCAACCGCCCCUCAUUUAAAGUGGAAUAUUAAGUUGAUGGAUAAGGCCCCAAGAUAUGUUAUAUACUCUAUAUACUCUAACAAUGUUGGAUUUUUAUGUGAAGAUCUUACAGUGAAUCAGUCUGGCAAGUUUGUGGAGAAGUCUAACAGAGGAAAUUUAGUCUCAUUAUCCCAAUGUAUAUUCUCGGAUCAUUUAACUCCUACGCUUGCUUAUCGCUGUCUAGUCAAGGAAAAUGAUCAUGAAGCCCCUAGCUUCUUGAUUGAAUCUGUCGAGCCAGGAUUACACGCGGGAACUGUUGGAAGGUACAGUAUUGUUGGGGCUAAUCCAGCAAUGGAAAUCAUAGCUAAGGAGCAUAUAGUUACAGUUAUUAAUCACCAAGAAGGGUGGAGAACAGAAGAGUUUUCUGAUGAUCCGAUGGUGAUACCUCGCACAAUCACAGAGGAUUGGAGUCCUCAAUUCAUUGAUGAGCUUCCACAAGUAUUUUGUGGUGGAUGGUUUGGAUAUUUUUCAUAUGAUACAGUGCGCUACACGGAGAAGAGGCUUCCAUUUUCGGGUGCUCCAGCUGAUGACAGGAAUCUUCCUGAUGUACAUCUAGGUUUGUUCGAUGAUGUGCUCGUGUUUGAUCAUGUUGAAAAGAAAAUUCAUGCAAUUCAUUGGGUUCAGUUGGAUAAGUUUUCAUCAAUAGACGAGGCUUUAGACAAAGGAAUGAUUCGCUUGAAUGCCUUAUUGUCUAAAAUUCAUGACAUAGUCAAUCCAAGACUAUCGUCUGGGUCAAUUGAACCACAUGCCCAGAAGCUCCAUUGUAAGUUAGAGGUUUCGAGUGUAAGAAGUGAAGCAUAUAAGACGGCUGUAGUGAAGGCGAAGGAGCACAUGCUAGCGGGAGAUGCACUUCAAGUUGUACUAAGUCAACGAUUUGAAAGAAGAACAUUCUCGGAUCCAUUUGAAGUGUAUAGAGCAUUGAGUAUCGUGGAUCCAAAUCCUUUCAUGGCUUAUAUACAAGUUAGGGGGGCCAUCUUUGUUGCUUCAAGCCCUGAAAUUCUCACCUAUGUUGAUAAAAAGGGAAUCGUCACUAAUCAAACCCUUUCGAGAAAUGAAAAACAAUGUUGGAACAUAGAGGAGAACGCCCUGUUAUGCAAGCGAGUCACGAAUGGGAAAAAACCUGAUGCGAAAGACAUGCAGCUGACCGACUGGCUAAACCACUAUGUUGAAAAGGGUGCUAAUUCUUAUUCGAUUUGCUGGGAUGCUCUCCAGGAUGCAUUAUCUUUGGAGAUUUUAACAAGGGCACCCAAGAUUGAAUCAAUGCAACUGAUCGAUAAGCUCGAACAGCAAAGGCGAGGCCCAUAUGGUGGAAGUUUCAGCUGCAUUUCAUUCACCAAAGAUAUGGAUAUCGCUCUUGCUCCAAACACCUUGGUGUUUCCUACUGGGAAAUCGUAUGACACACUAUUUUCGUACAAACAUUUGGACAUACGGAAAGAAUGGGUUGCUCAUAUUCAAACCGGAGCUUCCAUCACAGCCGACAGUGAUUCAGAAGACAAGCAGAGACAAUGUGAACGAGAAGCUGCAACACUUGCUCGAGCCAUCGAUAUGGCAGAGUCCUCAUUUCUUCACUAGUAGUAUUAGAAGUUUCUAAGUGCCAACAGUGAUUGUUAUUCAUUCAAUAUAUAUAUAUAGAGAGAGAGUAGUUUCAAGCUAGAAUCACCACCUAAUUAAGUUUUAAUCUUGAAGAAUUAUACUUGUGUAUCAUAAUGUCAAUUGCAAUGUAACAUCUAAAAGGAACAACCAUUUAAGAAACACAUUCACAAA